CAGGUCUGGAUUUACGACGCGCAGUCUGUUGGAAGUUCAGACGCUCACACUCAGGCGGUCGGGAUACUUUAAUCGCCGCCGCAGCAGCAGGAGGGUUUGUUUUGGGCGAAGCACCAGCUUCCUGUCGGAUCCUCCAACAUGGCAAGUGGGGAGGGCACCGGGAGGCGGCGGGGCGACAAGUACUCGGUGCUGCUGCCCACCUACAACGAGAGGGACAACCUGCCGCUUAUCGUCUGGCUGCUGGUCCGAUACUUCGAUGAAAGUGGAUUUGACUAUGAAAUUAUAGUAAUUGAUGAUGGAAGUCCUGAUGGAACACUUGAGGCUGCCAAACAGUUGGAACAGAUUUAUGGAUCUGAUAAAAUUUUACUCAGACCUAGAGCAAAGAAGUUGGGAUUAGGAACAGCAUAUAUUCAUGGAAUGCAACACGCCAGUGGUAACUUUGUCUUUAUAAUGGAUGCAGAUCUUUCACAUCAUCCAAAAUUUAUCCCUGAGUUCAUAAAAAAACAGAAGGAAGGAAAUUAUGAUGUAGUGUCUGGCACGCGUUACAGAGGAAAUGGAGGCGUAUUUGGCUGGGAUUUGAAAAGAAAACUUAUCAGCCGCGGAGCCAAUUUUGUCACUCAGGUGUUAUUGAGACCAGGUGCUUCAGACUUGACAGGUAGCUUCAGACUAUACAGAAAAGAAGUACUGGAGAAACUGGUUGAAAAGUGUGUAUCCAAAGGUUAUGUCUUUCAAAUGGAGAUGAUCAUUAGGGCUCGACAACUGAAUUACAGUAUUGGGGAGGUUCCUAUAACAUUUGUGGACCGUGUGUAUGGUGAAUCUAAACUGGGAGGAAAUGAAAUUGUUUCAUUUUUGAAAGGACUGCUGCAUCUCUUUGCCACUACAUGAUCAAAGCUAAUAUUUGGCGCUGAAAUGUUAUGUAUCCAGAAUGUCUUAAGACAAGAUAUGUAUUGUUUCCCUACUUCACAACCUCAUUGUAAAUUCCAAUCUGUACAAAUCUGUAGCACACCUCAGUGUGAACAAAUGUAUAAAAUGAAAUAAAUCAUUCCAGUCUUUGAAUAAGACUGUUGUUAA